AUGGCCAACAUCUUCCGCCAAGCCAUCUCAUGGCUCUACACCACCCUCGCCGUCUCCAUCCUCGGAUCAUGGACCCUCCUCAUCCUCGGCGGCGUCGGCCUCACAGCCGUAGACUCGAACCCAGGCCUCCUCCAGCUCAUCGCCUUUCCCUCCCUCCUCACCUUUCUCGUCGCAAAGCUCAUCGUCGCCGCCUCGCCCUCAACAGCACUCCAGCAGUCACAAGCAAACGCCCGAAAUGCCAUCGCCGCGGCGCCGGCCGGCGGUGGUAACUUAGCAACCUGGCUCGCAACAGCAGACUACGGCUCCCCGCACGGCGCCCUCGUCCUCUUCCUCUUCUCCGUAACCUGGCUCCUGCACCUCGCGCGCGUAGUCUUUGCCCUCUUUCUGGUGGUUCUAAUGGGUGCUUUCUUCGUCUUUGCGUCCUCGCUCGACGCAGCCGAUAAAGAAGACAAAGAAGCCGGCGGCGAGGGUCUCUUCUCCGACGACGACGGCGCGCGCAAGAAUUUCACCACCGCGCUCGCCGAGUUUGAGGAGCAGGCGGGGAUCGGGCUGGGCGAUUACCUUGUUGAUAACCCUUGGGUUGUCUUCCAGGUGUUUGUGGCGCUUUGGGGCAUGAUGAAUCUGUUGCUCAUGUAUCUUACCGUGUAUGCUUUUGGGGCGUUGAAGAAGGUUCUGACGACACCUCUCGAGGCUUGGGCGAGGGGCGGUCAGGAGGCGGCGGCAGCGCCUGCUCUUGCGGCUGGGGGAUCUCCGGCAGCAGAGACAAGGGCCCCGGUUGUCGUCGUUGAGAAGGAGAGGGUGGUUGUGCCGGCAGAGGCGCAACCUGCAAAUUAA